AUGGCGGUGGACUAUGCUCUCGCCGCCCAUACGCCCUUCAUCCCUCCGCCACCACAUCACAUGCUCCAUGCACAGCAGCCGAUGGGACCGGUACCGAUACCUGUCAACCCAAGCUCUCAGCCACGAAAACGUACGAUGCGAGCAAACCAGGAAAGUGCUCUGCGAUGCACUUACCAUCCCAGCACGCCAUCGCGGGCCGACAAGAAUAUGGACAAGAUUAUGCAGUACAUGCAAGCACAUGCCUCAGGUCUGCAAUGUAUGACCACGCAGAUGGCCAACGUUGAAGCACGCCUGCAGGACAUGGAAGAGAUCAGUAAAUUAUUCCGAGCCAGGCUCGAAGCAGAUGCCAUAGCAGAGGAUCACGAUGUUGUGAGGCCACGAUCGGAGCUCGAUGACCACCGAACAGCGCCCCAUAAGCUCAUUCGGUAUUGGCCGAGCAUACGACCAAUUCUACAGGCGGCGGGCCUCCAUUAUACUGACAAUUACGUCCGGGAUCUGGAGGAUCGUGGUAUACUGUCACUGUAUACCGCUGGAGGCUUGGACGACCAUGCUACACAAUCAAGCAGUCGAUCACGCACGCAGACGAGCGAUGUCGACGCGUAUGGAUCUCCGGUGAACUUUGUCGAGCCUCUGCCAGUACUGUCCCCGAUAUGGGGCGAUCUGAGACCUGACGACUCACUCCAGCUCGACGUGGAGACCAUCAAUACACUGUACGAAAGCUACGUUAAGCAUAUACAUAUCAUGCACCCAUUCGUCGACGUACGCAAGCUUCGCCGGAUGGUCGAGGAUUUCAUCGCAGUGCAUGGCACGAGUACACAAGAUGCUGAUGUCGUCUCCGCGGAAGCGCAAGCAAGCCAAGGCUCAACGAAUCCUCUCAAGCGGAAACGUAACGAACGGCCAGCUGAAUCCCCAAUGCCGAUGCCGCCGCACGGGAGCUUUAGAAAUAAGGCGAACGAGAGACAGGCGCAGCACGCUGUUGUAUAUCUUGUGCUGGCUCUUGGAAAGGUGUGUCUGCAUAGACAUGCCAUAUCAGGGGCCCGAUAUGACACACCUAUGGACAAUGGCAUGAAUUUCAGCAGCAACGUUCCGACGCGAAAGCACUCCACCGCUUCCAUGAUGACAGAGCAGAUAUCGCCUACCUUGAGCUUCUCAUCCUUGAAACAGGGAUUACAAGGCCGUCCCAAUUCGCCGUCGACGGAGCUUCGGAUACGCCGUCCGUCUGUUACUAGCACGAUGUCUGUCGCUUCAGCCAACGUUCAUCGCCUGCCUGGCUUGGCGUACUAUGCCAAGGCAGCGGAGAUCUUGGGCGAGCAAGGCGACGGAAAUGACCUUAUACAUGCACAGAUGUUCUUGCUUGCUGGGCUGUACAAGGGCCAGCUGGCUCGGGUGGGCGAAAGCAUGAGCUGGAUCACGAGAGCCAGCCGUGUCGCCAUGACACUGCUCGAACGCUACAAGCUCUACACGAAUUACUGGACUGCGCAUGGCGACAUUCGUAAGAAGCUCGCCAGAGGCCAAGCCCGCAUCACCAGCAAGAACGCUAAUCUAAUUGUUCUUGUAUCCUGGUCAUGCUUACAGUUAGAAAGCGACAUCCUUGCCGAUAUUCGACUGCCGUCAAGUGGCAUUCAGAGUAUCGAGAACUCACUACUGAUGCCACAUAAUAGCCGCGAAGACGAUGAUGGUGUCUACGAACAAUUUCCACAUCACGAGAAACGGGACGAUUAUGACAACAUCCUCAUCUAUUAUACCGCACAGCUAUUCCUCCGUCGGAAGCUCAACCAGAUCCACCGAGAGAUGUACGGAUCUGAUUGUCUCAGUCAACCGCUGGAGCAAGUACGCGGAACACUGGGUGGCUACGAGCUCCUGCUACAUUCCUGGCGGGAGUCUUUACCGGAUGGCUACAAGUGGGACGACAAGGAGAAGCCGGUGGAAAGUAUCCUCGCCGCCAGGCUCCGUGCGAAGUACUAUGGUAUGUCACACUUCCGCGCCUCAUGCGCACGCUACUUGGUCAACCGGCCGUUCCUUGACUAUGCUCUGCACAUUAUGCCAGCCAUCAAAGACGGUAGAAGUGUGAGGGAAGCAGCACGCGAUGUACAUGGCGAACCGCGCCACGAGGCCGACAUCCACAUCUUCGAAGCAAUUCAAGGCAUGCCGGAAUCUGAAAUCUGGAGAGCCUGUAGACGCUGCAUCGAAGCUGCUAUCCAGAGCACUAUCGCCUUCGAUGGUGUCCCUGAGCACGACCUCAUCGUGACUAAUAUCCACGGCACAGCUCACGCGUAA